AUGGACAAGAGUUGGAUGACGAUAAAUAAUAGGCUGACAAGUAAAGAGUAUCAACAAGGGGUGAAGUCAUUCCUUGAUUUUGCUAUGGAAAAUUUAGGCGUAGAGGAUGACAUUAGGUGUCCGUGUGUCGAUUGCAUUAAUGGCACAAAAUAUAUCAAACAAGUUGUGUGGAUGCACUUGAUCCGAAGAGGAAUGCCAUCUUCGUAUUUAACUUGGGUGCAUCAUGGGGAACAUGUUCCCGUGUCUCGUCCUAGUGCAUCAAAUGACCAAUGUGGAGGUAGUGGCGAAUGUAUGACAGAUAUCGAUGAUCCGCCCAUGGAUGAGUUGCCUAUUAUGUUGGAAGAAAUUUACGUGAGUGGUCUUAUGGAUGAUCAUACCGACGAGGAACCUAAUGAUUUGGAGAGGGAGGAUUUGCAUAAGUUCACUAGGUUAUUCGAAGAUGCACAACGCAAAGUUUACCCAACAUGUGAAAAGUUUUCUGUGCUAUCAUUCGUCAUUAAGAUGCUUCAUCUGAAGGUGUACAACAAAUGGAGCAACAAGUCAUUCGAUAUGGUUAUGCAGGUAUUCAAGGACAUUCUACCAGAAUGUGAUCAAACAGUUCCAUGGACACUCUAUGAUGCUAAGAAGUUCUUACGUGACUUAGGUUUAGGAUAUGAAACAAUUCAUUCGUGCAAAAAUGAUUGUGCACUAUUUUGGAAGGAGAGUGGUAAUUUGGAGAAAUGCCCUACAUGUGACACAUGUAGAUACAAGUUGAACGAUGAUGGUGGUAAAAAGAUUCCACACAAGGUAUUACGGUACUUUCCAUUGACACCGAGGUUGAAAAGACUGUAUAUGUCCAAAAAAACAGCCGCAGAUAUGAGAUGGCAUAAUGAGAAGCGUGUGAAUGAUGACAUAUUAAGGCACCCGGCCGAUGGUGAAGCAUGGAAGGACUUUGAUAAGCAACAUCCGACGUUUUCUGAUGACUCUCAAAAUGUAAGGCUAGGGCUGGUAACAGAUGGUUUCAAUCCAUUUGGGAAUAUGAGCACAUCAUAUAGCAUAUGGCCCGUAAUCUUAAUGCCUUACAAUCUCCCACCGUGGAAGUGCAUGAAAGAGCCAUAUUGCAUCAUGUCAUUGCUUAUUCCCGGACGUUCGGCACCUGGAAGAAACAUUGAUAUUUACUUGCAACCAUUAAUAGAAGAAUUGAAGAAUUUAAUGCAUGCGGCGGUAAUGUGGACCAUAAAUGACUUCCCUGCGUACGGUAACAUGUCAGGGUGGAGUACAAAGGGUUACUUGGCUUGCCCUAAUUGUAACAAUAAUCCAUCGUCCCAGGGAUUACGAAGUAAAAUAAGGUAUAUGGGUGCUCGUCGCCACUUUCCUGAGAACCACACCUGGCAAACAAGUAAGCUCUUCAAUGGUCAUACGGAGCAUAGGUCCAAACCUUUGGACUUAUCGGGGGACCAAAUACUAGAGCAAAUUGAUUCUGGGACUUACAAGCCGUAUGGAAAGCACCCACAAAAUCGAAAAUGA